AUGGAAACUGAUUUAAUAAAUAACUUAAAACUUUCAUCUUAUGACCUUCUUGAAACUAUUGACAAAAAUAAUGAACGAAUAGAAUGUCCUCAAUGUCAUAAACAUAUGAAGUAUUAUUGUUAUAAUUGUAGAAAACAAUUACUACCAACACCUAUAGUUAAACUUCCAAUCACUCUUGAUAUUGUAAUGCAUCCUAAAGAAAGGCCAAGUAAAUCUACUGCAUUGGCUGCAACAAUUUUAGCACCUGAAGACACACAUUGGAUUGUAUUUCCAGAUGUCCCAAAAUAUAAUGAGAAAACAACACUACUUUUAUUUCCAUCACCAGACGCUCAACCUCUUGAUAAAAUAGAACAUCUUGAACAAUACAAAACCAUUGUUUGUAUUGAAAGUGUUUGGCAAAAAGCUAAUCAAGUCGCAAAUAGUCCUAAUCUAUGUAAUUUAAAGAAAGUUAUUAUCCAAUCAAAAGAAACAAUAUUUUGGAGAUACCAACACUGUGGAAAAAGUAAUUUAGCUACCAUUGAAGCUAUUUAUUAUUUCUAUAGAGAAUGGUAUGACGCAAUGAAAUGGGAUUAUACAAAUCAAGUUGAUGAUUUAUUAUAUUUCUAUUGUUAUACAUAUCAAAAAAUACAAGAACAUUAUAAGAAACAUCCAGAACUUCAAUUUAUUCAUAUAGAUGGUUAUAUUCAUUAUGAUGAAGAAAAAAAAUAA